CUCUUAAAAGUGCAUCGUGAGUGAGCAGGACAUCUAUCGCCCUCUCCCUCAUUCCUUCAUCCUCAUACAGUAGCCUAAAAGAUAGACGCUAUCGCAACGUAAUUAAGGAGGGACUGGAGGAAGGAAGGAAAUAAGGAAGGAAGAAAGGGAGAGGAUAGACAAAAGAAUGAGAGCAGCCGUCUUUUUAAGCAGCCCAAAGGCACGUGACUCGGGUCAACGUGCAUAUUGACUGAUUAUCAAACAACAAGGAAGCAAGGAACUAGCCAUAUUCGGAAUUGUUGCUCUGUGGAAGAAAAUGGCGACUUCAUGUAACCAGGACCUUUUUACGUGUUCGAUUUGUUUAGAUAUACUGAAGGAUCCAGUAACUAUUACCUGUGGUCACAAUUACUGCAUGGGUUGCAUUAAGGGCUGCUGGGAUCGUGAAGAUCAUGAAGUUUACAGCUGUCCCCAGUGUAGACAGACGUUCACUCCAAGACCCGUUUUACACAAAAAUAAUAUUGUUGCGGAGCUUGUGGAACAAUACAGACAGAGAAAUCUAGCUACUUCUACAGCUCAAUGUAGUGCUGGACCCGAAGAUGUGGAAUGUGACGUUUGCACAGGAAGAAAACUCAAAGCUUUGAAGUCCUGUCUGGACUGCCUGUUGUCCUAUUGUGAUACUCACUUCAAACUUCACAAUGAUGUAAAUCCUGGGCGAAAACACAAUGUGAUUGACGCCAUAUGCCAGCUACAGAAGAGAAUAUGCACCCAACAUGAGAAACCUGUGGAGAUCUUUUGUCGCAAGGAUCAGUGUUGUGUUUGUUUGCUUUGUUUGGUGAAUGAACACAAAGGUCAUGACACCGUUUCAGCUGCAACGGGGAGAUCAGAGAAACAGAAACAAUUGGGGAAGACCCAGAGGAAAUUCCAGCAGAUAAUCCAGGAGAAAGAGAAGGAGCUUCAGAAGUUGAAGAGGGCUGUGGCGACUCUUAAAAGCUCCACACAGAAAGCAGUGGAGUACAGUGAAAGAACCUUUACCGAAAUUAUCCGUUCCAUUGAGAGAAGACGGUCUGAGGUGACCGAGCUGAUCAGAGCUCAGGAGAAGGCUGAAGUGAGUCGGGCUGAAGUACUCUUGAAGCCACUGGAGCAGGAGAUUACUGAGCUGAAGAGGAGAGAUGCUGAGAUGGAGCAGCUUUCACACACAGAAGAUCACAUACAUUUUCUCAUGAAUUUCCAAUCAGUCAGUACUCCACUUCAGUCUGAAGACUUACCCAGCAUCACCAUCAACCAAAGCUUUUCUUUUGAGGCUGUAAAGAAAUGUGUCUCCACACUCAAGGGACAACUGGACGAUUUCUGCAAGCAAGAAGUCAUGAAGAUAGCUGCCACAGUUUCUGAUAUACAGGCUGUUUUUGCUGAACCAACAACCAGAGAGGAGUGCAUACAGUUGCCUGAAGUCCAGUCUGCUUGUGCUGAAGCUGUGAUCAGAGAGGAAUUCUUACAGUACCUCUGUCACUUCACACUGGAUCCAAACACAGUAGAGAAACAUGUCCAUCUGUGUGAGAACAACACAAGGGUGGAAUGGAGGGGAACGCCAGGGUGGAACACAUCCAUCCCGUACUAUCCGUAUCCUUAUCACCGAGAGAGAUUCUGGUGGUGCUAUCAGGUGCUGUGUAAAGAGGAAGUGUCUGGACGCUGCUACUGGGAGGUUGAGUGGAGUGGGGAGAAUGUUUAUAUAGCAAUCUCAUAUAAAAGCAUAGACAGGAAUGGAUGUUUUGAGAGUUGGUUUGGGCGUAAUGCUCAGUCCUGGUGUCUGGAUCUUUCCAGCUCCAGUUCCUCUUUCUGGCAUGAUGAUGAAGAGACUAAACUCCCUCUAGUGACCAGCUCCAGAAUAGGAGUGUAUGUGGAUCAGAGCGAGGGAGUCCUGGCUUUCUACAGCAUCUCGGACACAAUGACCCUCCUGCAUAGAGUCCAGACCACAUUCACUGAGGCACUCUACCCUGGGUUUUACAAUUAUAUAGAGUCAUCACUGAAGAUAUUAUGACCAACUUGCUUCCAUAAGAAUAUAUACUGUAUACACCUGUAAUUUCAGAGUUUUUAAAGCAUUUAUUGUAAGUGAUGAGCAAAUUGAGGAUUCUAUAACUUUACAACAAUCUUAAAAGAAGGCUGUAAGUUAAUUUUACUUUUCAAUGUUUACUUUCUACAUGCAAUAUUUGCCAAAUGUAUUUGAACAUCUACUGUAUUAACACUGUACAACAUUUAUUAUUUCUGUAUAAUACAUUAUUAUUCCUUGCCAUUAGAGUUUUGGAGAAAUGGAUAUUUUUUUACAAAAUACAUAAAAACUUGUAUACUUUUAUUUUGAUUUAUUUCUGUUCGCUAUCUUCUUGUGCUCAUGUAACAAAAAACACUUAUCACUAUACAGAUACAGUUGCCUUGCCUCAAGAUCAGCAUAGAACUUAUACGGUUCUUUACUUGCUGCAACUAGUCCCUGAACACAAUAAGGUAGCCUACCAAUUCAUUUUACAUGAAUUUUUCUUUGCCUUGGUAUGCAGAAUGUUAUAGAUCACAGAAUAUGAGAAGAUGAUGCAGUAUAUACACACAGUUAUAGUGAUUAUUGUUAGAAUGGUCAUUGCUGCAAAUAGCAGAAUGGUAUGAUGCCAAUAGCAUUGGCAACGGAGUUGUGGAUUACGCAUGCAGUAAGAUGUCAUCAGGAUGUACGGUACAUACAGUACUCUCACUAAUAUUUGUUCCCUGUCUAAAUAAAAUGAUUCC